CCUCCUCCUCCCCUAGCGGCCGCGGCAGCGGCGGGGAGCCGCGGGCCUGGGCCCGGCCAUGCCUCCGCCCCCCGGGCCAGGCCGCGCGGGCCCCGAUGCUGCUGCAGGCCCGGAGCGCCGGGGCGGCCCCAAGCGGGCCCGGGAGGCCGCCGAGCUAGAGCAGCAGCGGCGCCAGGAGCAGAAGCGGCGGCGGCGGGACGCGCAACAGCGGCAGCAGCUGCAGCACCUCGAGUCCUUUUACGAAAAACCUCCUCCUGGACUUAUUAAGGAAGAUGAGACUAAGCCAGAAGACUGUAUCCCAGAUGUACCAGGCAAUGAACACGCCAGAGAAUUUCUGGCUCAUGCUCCAACUAAAGGACUCUGGAUGCCCCUGGGGAAAGAAGUCAAGGUUAUGCAAUGCUGGCGCUGUAAACGGUAUGGACACAGAACAGGUGACAAAGAAUGCCCAUUCUUUAUCAAAGGCAAUCAGAAAUUAGAACAAUUCAGAGUAGCACACGAAGAUCCCAUGUAUGACAUCAUAAGAGAGAAUAAGCGGCAUGAAAAGGAUGUGAGGAUACAGCAGUUAAAGAAGCUACUAGAAGAUUCUACCUCAGAUGAAGAUGGCACUAGUUCCAGCUCCUCAGAAUGUAAGGAGAAGCAUAAGAGAAAGAAGAAGAAAGAGAAACAUAAGAAAAGGAAAAAGGAGAAGAAAAAGAGAAAGAAAAAGAAAAAAAAGCACAAAUCUAAAUCAAAUGAGAGUUCAGACUCUGACUAAAAA